AUGCCUCAGCUGUGAGAGGCCCCGCUCCCCUUGGCUGGCUGGUAUCCCAGAACAGAGGCAGAGAGAGACGGAGAGAGUCGACUGUGAGAAACUGGGGGCAAAGAGAAAGUUAAAGUUUAAAGUAGACUAGAAGGAGGCAAGCAAGUGAUCACUAAAGUUGCUUGAAAGACAGACAAAAGGAUUAGGGAUUGAGUUCUGUGUAGUGCUGCUGGUGUAGGUUGUUUUUCAGUACUGUAUUUUUAUCUGUGGUUAGUGUGUACGCGGCUUGCAUUUGGAGUUGACAGCCAUGGCAGAUACAGGUGUCAAGAAGGAGCACAUACCCCUGGCAGAAGUGCUUUAUGAUGAUGAAAAGGUAGCUCUGGUGCGUGCUGCCACUGAGCCAGCGGUAGACGAUGAUGACUCGGUGGACCAGGUGCUGACCACUGACUCCGGAAGCAAGAGUGAAGCCCAAAUGAAUGGGAUCCUGGUUCUGUCUCUCCUAGACAAGAUUAUUGGGGUGGUAGACCAGAUCCAGCAGACCCAGGAAGGGCUUGAGGCCCGGCAGGAAUCCAUGGAGAAGUCAGUGUCAAACAUCCAAGGAGAGCUGACUAAGUUAUCCAAGAACCACAUCGACACAGCCAACACUGUCAACAAAAUGCUGGAAAAGGUACGCAAGGUCAGUGUCAACGUCAAGACAGUGCGCAACAACCUGGAGAAACAAGCAGGCCAGAUCAAGACGCUGGAGAGCAACGAGCAUGAGCUACUGAAGAGACGCAACUUUAAAGUCUUCAUCUACCAGGACCAAGUGAAGGCACCAAAGACAUCCAAACGCAAGACAAGAGAGACAGUAGCGGAAGGUAAAGCAGUGGAAGGCCUCGAGCAGAUACCCGAGGAUGGACAACAGGGCCACCCAGCCAAUCUCAACUCAGAUGAGGAGGUGGAGAUUGAGGAGAUUAUUGAAGAGUCCCGUACCAAGCGACUCCAGCGCACCACAAAACAACAAGUUGACAACAUAAAGAAAGCCUUCUCUAAAGAGAACAUGGAGAAGACCAAAAAAAAGACCAAGGAGAAUUUGGAGAAGACCAAGAAGAGAACCCGUGACAAUCUGGAGAAAACCAAGCAUAAUCUGGAGAAAAAGAUUGGAAAGCUUGGGUCCCGCGUGACGCCCAACCAGGAGCGCAGGGCAAAGAUAAGGAGCUCCAGAGAGAAGAUGAAGAAGUCCUUCACUCCUGACCACACAAUCUACGCUCGCUCCAAGACCACUGUGUACCGUGUGCCCCCCUUUACCUUCUAUGUUAAGAAGAUCCGAGGUGGGGAGGAGGAAGUGGUGCAGAACACAGAGAUGGUAGAGGUGACCGAGUCUGAAGCUGAGGACCAGCCAGGGGGCGAGAACAACAGGCUGGGUGUACAUGUGGAGGUGGAGGAAGGGAAGCUGGUGAAUGUAGACAGCCCAGAGGCGGAGGGUCUGUUGGAGGCGACAGGAGGCUCUCAACCGGUCAGGGUGGAGCCAGACCACCUAAAGAAGAUCGAAAGUGAAUGAGCAUCCCAGCUGUUCAGGGCUGUGAAAGGAAUGAUAAAAAGGAUGAAGAAUGGAACACAGUAUUGAUGAAUCACAAGGACACAAUAUUAGCUGCAGGGACUUUCUAGUCAUGAUCACAAUCUACAUCUCAUUUCUUUUCUGUUCACUUUUUACUGUACCCAACAGGGAUGACUUUCAUAUUUGCUCCUCUUUAGCAUACAAAUGAGAAAAAUAAAGCAAAAAAGCUAGUGUUUGAAACAUUCUACAGGCUGGUAAUCCUAGACAUGUAUGUUUGGGGUAUUUGAUGUUUGUCGUUAGUUUAAUACACUGAGCGGCUAUAAGAGCUUAAAAUGAAAUAUAAAAAGGUAUAAACAGCUUUUGCUUUUGCGAUGUAAAGUAUAACACAAUAUAUACCAUGUAUGAUAUUCACAUUAGCAGGUAACGGGAAGUUGUUGUCCAGAUUUAUAUUGCAAUGGGUGGUUUUAGUAAUGUGACACACACCUGUGAAACUAAAAAUAAACAAGUAAGCAAGGUUUAGCCCUAUAGAAUUAGAGGAGACAGAAGAGAAUGGAUGUGAAGAUCCUUUCCUCAGCUGAAGAGUUUACAAAGACACGAUGCUUAUUUACUACCAAUCACUCAGGCAGUAUGCCAAAUGUUACAUGGCAAUGUUUCUCAGUGUAAAUUACAAAUGUAACAUACUAAAAUUAUGCCUGGUGUUAAUAUAAGAUCACACUGGGAACACUGAAACAGUGGAAAUUCAGUCACUAAAAUGUUCACCACUCUAGCAAACAACUAAAGUUACUGUUAUGACAAUCACUUUAAGACCUAGUGUUUUACCUUUGUGAUGAUGGUCCUUGGAGGCAAAUUUGUGAUGGGCUACUGGGCUCUAAAUAUAAAAUUUGACAUUACUUGACUUAAAUUUGAAGACAAGGCAGCAAGUUAAUAUCUUGCAUGUAUAUUUUUGUGCUUUCUUGAAAAAAAAGGUCAUAACAAAAGAUUCUAUACAGGGGAAAUAUCUGUCCUGCUUAAUUGGUUACUCUUUCAAAAUUCCAGCUCUACUUUAAUGAAACAGUCAUGAAAUUUAGAAAGUAACAUUUGCUGUGGUGUAUCUUUACAAUGCAUGCUUGAAGUCACAGUUUGAUUAUUUACUAUGUAUAUUUUUUACACUCACUAUGUCAUUUUAUUGCAACUGGACAUAUUGUACUCUCUGAGUUUCACAUAGCACACUGCUGCACAGAGAAGAAAAAACUAAACAAAACAAAAAACCUUGACUAUGUCACCAUGGUCACAGCUCAUCACAGUACAUUUGCACAUCCUUGUUAAAUUUCCCAAGGUAAUUGCAGGCAGAAAAAUGAUGGGCUGAAGAACAAGAUGACAGUUUAAUGAUGGACUAUGUAACAAAUGGAGAAGCAAAUGUCAUCUGAAAUGCAGUUAAAAUGAGCUAGCACAUUGUCAGGUAUUAUGGAUGUGCACUGCACUUCAGUAAAUGGCUGAACACCGAACAGCAUGAUCCAGUCCACAAAUGUUUUUGCAGAGACCAGGUUCAAUCUGUACUUCCUUUGAAAGAUAAAAGGAAUGUCUAUAAUAAAAGCUAUGUGAUUAUUAUUCAUAAAAUGAGUUUAACACUGUAAGUUAAAGAAAAAGGUCAUGGAGGUUUAGAGGAAGCUCUGAAAAUUGAAAUGUAAUUAUAUGGAGCCUGGUGUAAACUGGCAGUGGCAGUGCUCAAUCAACACCACUUUUGAUCAAGGCGAGCACAGAGAAACAGCCUCUAUUUUCCUCCCUAGAGACUAUGUGUGACCUUGAUGUGGUUUAGGCAUGAAGAAACUCACUGUGUAGCAUGAAACACCAUUAAAGUAAUCAAUGGGAUGGGGAAUGCAAUCAAAGUGAGUGCUCCCUCUGAGCACUGGGCAGAGUUGAUAACAGUGAGAAGGACAGAGAGAGAGAAUGGUUAUAUGUGUGUGUGAUUGUAAAAAUUAUGCAAUACCAUAUACCCUCACUGAUAUUUUCAUGAAAAAACUUUAUAUCUCCAUCAAAAACAAAUUUCAGAAAUGAGCAAAUAUAUUAGGCUGUGACAUCUCACAGUUAUGAUAGUAUCUUUUUAUUGAUUAUUUGACAAAAAUAUGUAGAAUACAUUAUUUUUGCAAUGAAUGACUGUAUGAAUGAAUGAAUGAAACAUUAAAUAUAUUGGCACAUUUGCUGAUUUUGCAACCAUAUAAACUGUGCCUUGCCUAGCUGCUGGUAUAUUCAAAAAUUGAACCAGCCUGCUGUGUAUGAGGCGGGACAUUCACAGGCUUUGUAGAGACACUUGUUUAAAAAAAAGCUCAGUCACAAUACAGUAGGAUGCAAAGUGUCAUUGAUCGCUCAUAGUUUUAUUGAUUUAUACUCAAAUAAUGAGCUUGCCCUUUCUGAUGUGUUUAUGACAGCUAUUGCCUCGUGGAAGCAAUAUAAAU